CAAAAAUAAAACUACCGGACAUUGCGAUGACUUCUGAGACAAAGUGCGGCUUAAAAAACAAUGCUCUGUUCUUUGUCGGGUUCAUCAGUUGCGAUAAGUGAAUAGUUUAUGAAUAUUCAGAGUUAUCCAACAGAGAAGUACAACUUAUUAUUGAUUUUUGAUACGCUUCAUCUGAAGCCGAGGGCUUUCCUGGUCUCGGUCGAAGAGUUCGGGCAUCUCGCUGUCAGCCGACAGAGAGAAGUCGGCGACCGGUCGCUACCUACGCGCUUCCGUGUCACUUCCUUGUUCUCGUGCGGAACUUUUCACGGAAGGGACCUGUCCGGAGCACAGACUUCACUCCGCUAACGACAAAUGCUGGGGCCAAACAUCUAAUUCCUCCUUCGUAGCUCCGAGCUGACAGACGAGCCAUGGCUGACAACCGAGAAGAGGAGAAAAAAGAAGGGGACCAGGAGCCUCAAGGCGCCGUGGGUGGGGAAGAUGUCAUUGAUGAUCCCAUCCUGGAGCAAGGAGCAGUGGUCCUCAGGGGGUAUGUGAUUGAGCGUAUAAACACGGAGGACCCUGAAAGACAAGUCUGCUCUGAGGAUCUGGGGGGAAGGCCUAACGAACAGCAGGAUCCACAAAUCAAAGACGUGGUGGAACAGCUGCUGAAGAUUGCAGAUGAGCUGAACAGGAACGCUGAGCUCCAAAGUCUGAUCAACCAGGUUCAGGGUAACUGUGCUCAGGACAUCUUCAUGAAGGUGGCCAGGAGCAUCUUUGCCGACGGCAUCAACUGGGGUCGAGUGGUGGCUCUCUUCCAUCUGGCCUACAGACUCAUACAUAAGGCACUGACCACCAACCAUUUAGAGAACAUCAGAAUGGUCAUCGGCUGGGUUCUGCAGGUCAUCAGAGAGCAGCUCUACUCCUGGCUCGUACAGCAGGGAGGCUGGGAGGGGGUGAUCCGUGGCUUUUCUCAGUGGAGGACAGUAGCCAUAGUAGCAUCGGUAGUGUUGGUAGCAACCCUUGUUUACUACAGGAGGACACGCUGAGACCGUCAGACCUCACCACCUUCCAACCACAGCUGCAGUCCCGUCUUUUGGAUACAUGCAGCUUAUUAAUAACAAUAAUGUCAGGACAUCACUUACAACCACUCCUCAGCCUCCAUCUCAUUAACCACAGGAGGUCAAGUACUGUAAAUUAGAGGCGGGAAAAUCACCUCUUUUCUCAGGUUUCCAAAAACAAACAAAAAAAAAAAAAUUCAGCAUUUUCAGCCGGCUGUGUGCUGGGCAUCUCCAUCAUCCUUCGCCAGCAAUGAUUCAGCGCCUUCCAUGAAAUGACAGGAGCUGCCGUAGCACACCCUCCCGUGGCCACGUUGGAGGUUUCUCAGCUCUUGUGCAGCAGUGGCAGUCAGCAGAUGAUGGCCUCUAUGAACGCUGGACAUGGGUGUGGAUGUCUUCAAACCAACUUGAGGACCUGACCCUACCGAGACCGGGUCUCUGGCCUGUGGUCUUUAUCAGUUCUGGGUGGGAUCCACCAUAAAUUAAUCCAGGAAGUCUGAUGGCUACGACAACAACAUAUGCUGCAUCUUAAUUCAGCCAAUCAAAAUCCCACAAAUUUCUGACUUGAACAUACUGUAGUUUCAUCAUAUUCACUUGUGCCUGAGAUUUUAAUAAUGUUGUAUUUGGGCCAAGAUUCAGGCCGCCAUGUUGUUGGCUCUUGAGUGAACCAGACCUGUGUUUUGUUUUUUUAUACACAGACAUGGCUGCAGCAGAGGAACUGUUGAGAGCUAGAUAAAGUAACGAAGACCAGCAGUCUACACAAUGUUGACUCAGAUUUGUGGGAACCACUCUUGUACUGUUUUGUCUUGUUUAGUUUUUUUUUUUAAUCUCUCAGUGGACAGGGCCAUCUCAGGUUUAGGUCGUUAGUCAAGACAGUCAGGGGUUCUUUUCAGAUCAGGCACAUUUCUCAGAGUAGGGGGAGACCUGCACAGAAUUUAAAAGAGUUCUAUCUCGUGGUGGUGACCAAAUAAGAGGUGUCAGACUUUUUUUACAGUAGACUUUAAAUAUGGCUGCAUAAUAUUUAGUCUUAGUUUUUUUAUUUUUAUCUGAAAUGUCUCCUCUGAGUUUUCCGAGCUGUCGUUGACUUUCCGACUUAAAUUUUUUUAUGUGCAGUCCUGCACCUUUACAAUGAUUUUUUUUUUUUUUUUUUAAAUGAGAGAUUUUCUAACAGUUACCAGUCUUUUGUACUGACUCAACCCAGAGACUUUCAUGUACAUCAUUUAACAAAUAACACUGUCUAUGCAGGGAGUGAGUGUGACUUCUUUUCCAAACUGUGGACACUGAGAAUCCUUCCACAUCGCUACAAGUUCUUCUCUUUCAGACAGGAACUUUUUCCACUUUAUUUCUGGUGUUGAUUCUAUUUACAGAGUCACUCUGUUAGCUAUCUAAUUAUUGUGCGUGGUCAGGUGACCAUCGCUGUACUGUGAACGCAUCUGAAUUGCACACUGGCUCAAGGAUCUCGGUGAACUUUUCUAGAAUAGUAGAUUCAUGUUAGCAUUAACAUUGCCCUCCCUGCUAGCUAAGAACAUGUCUUUCUGUAUAGUGAUCUCACUGAGGAACUCAAUGUAGCAGCGUUGACAACAAUACUAAAUAACAACAGGCAAAGGCUACAGAGCAAACACUCCAAGUUCAACCUGCUGACAGAAAACACAGCAGCCACCUCCAGUAACUGUGAUGCAGUAACACUCCUUUGAUGGUUGACAACUGAAAGAGAGGAGUGAAGAUACUCAACAGCUCCCCCCUCCUCUCUUUUCCUUUUGUCUCCCUCUGUGAAUGGUAAUAUUUCAAGAAUAAUCAACAACAAAAAAGAAGAAAAGAACAAUCAGGGAAUGCUCAUUUUUUUAACAGUGUUUUCAGAUGCAUUCAUCUACAUCAGGAGACACGUAGUGUGUAGCUCAUUGUAAAAGUUGCUUUUAAUUAAAAUAUUACAGAAUAAGUCCCACUCACCCACCGUCAUCACAGUCGGCUUCUCUUUUUCCUGCUCAGUCGCUGUGUGCUGUAUCGAAUAGACGUCGGUAGAUGUUUAAACCUGUAAAACCUCUGCGGCUGUUAGAAAGAGAGAAAAGUAACUAUUUAUGUCCUUUUCUUUUAUAUUUGUUAUAUUCUCUGUUUAGGUUCUUAAAGUAAAAAUAAGUGCACACAAGGAAAGGGAACUUCUGGAGCAUGAGGCCAUUUUCUGUAGCUUUGUGGGGAAAGUGUUUUAUAGAUAAAGAGGUAAUAAUUUAAACUGAUGCUUUUGACUUAUUCCAGUGUGUAAGUGGGUGAUUGUGGAUGAUUUGUAUGGGAACAGUGAGAGGCUUAUAGCAGACCUCGGUGCUCGUACCACAUGAGUAUUUCUGCUGCCAAAUUGGUCGUGCACUUAGAUGAGGGGAAACACACUAUUUAUCUGCUGUUCUGUGGUGCUUCUGUAACUGAACCUAGGGAUUGUUGUUAAAAACUGAUCUGGCUGGACUCUGAUUCUGUGAAUAAAUUUCAAAUGUGUUAUACAACCCAUCAUUUGCCAUGAAGUUCCUGUCGAUUUGCCCUCUUAUACCAGUUUUAACAUCUCAACUCAAACCUGCAGUUCAUUAGCCCUCAGUUGGUCAGUUCUUGAUUAAAGGUUAGAUUAAUUAUAUAGAUAAAAGAUUCAGGACUAAAGUUUUUUAUAUCUGAUAGUGUGGAGGAGGCUUUGAAACAGCAUUUAGGCCUUUGUGCUGGGAAGAAAGUACAGCAAAAUGCAAUUAAAUCAAACAUAAGUAUUUUUUAUAAAAGUCUGCAGCUGGGAGUCUGUCUGGUCAAAAAUGAUUGUGGGAAUUCACUGUGGAUUUUCUGUAAAAAGUAUGUUUAUUAUUUUAUAAAGCUGUAGCUAACUACACUACUCUGAAAGUUUGAUUAAGGUUAGAUUGUGAAAUUUGUGAAACUCUUCAUUCUAUAAGCGUGGAAACAAGUUCUGUUUUGGUCAGUGGUAGAAGUGCUCAGAUCCAUUUUUUGUCAGUCAUUUCUAUAAUCUUUAUUUGUUUACGUUUUUAAAUCUUUUUUGAAAAUCUUCUUAAAAUCGAUUUUAUUACUUUUUCACCAUUUUUAUUUCCCAUUUGCAUAAGUCUGAAAUUGUUUCAUUGUUUGUAUUCAAGCUGUCUUAUCAGCUUGUUGACCAUCUGUAAAGCACUUUUCUACUCCUAUGUAUGUUUCAAACAGAUACCUCUGUGCUUACACCAUUGUUUGAUAUUUUUAACCAGGGCUCUUGUCACAAACAAUACAGAUUUCUACUGAAGUGGAGGCACCUUCUAAAAUAUUUCUCAUUAUCUCCUGCAGUUUGAAAGAUGUCGGUCUCCAAGAACCAAGAGAAAGAACCACGGGCAGAACUGUGCUCAGUGAGAGAUGAACUGAGCACAUCGAGCUGAUGUCACACUAAAACGUACAUUGCAUACCUCACUUUGAAAGGGGCUGGAGUUAUGCCUGCUGUCCGGGCACAGUCAGCCACAGCACUGGCCCUGCCCGCUCACCUUGUGCUCGCAGCCACUGGCUGUAACUGAAAGUAGUAACUCCACUGAAAUUCACUGAUUUCACUCCAAAAUCAUACUGUUUAACAGGUCCAGCAAAGUGGAAACAAAAACAGUCUUCAUCACAGCAAUGAGAAAGUGGCCAUCAAGCUGUUUUAGUAUUACCAUUUUACCCUCCCAACCCUGGUUUAUCCUCUCCUAAUAUUAGCUGCUGAGGUUCCAGCAGCAAAGGUCCUGGACUCUGUAGACAUAAAACAAUAAGAAAAUAAUAAAUGUUGGACGCAGUUCCAUUAAAGGGA